ACUAAACCCAGGACCCUGCAUUCGCUAUAUCCGAUCUCCCACAAUGCUGCACUUAGUGUUACUAAACCCAGGACCCUACAUUCACUAUAUCUGGUCUCCCCAGACCCUGCAUUCACUAUAUCUGGUCUCCCCGGACCCUGCAUUCACUAUAUCUGGUCUCCCCAGACCCUGCAUUCACUAUAUCUGGUCUCUCUGGACCCUGCAUUCACUAUAUCUGGUCUCUCUGGACCCUGCAUUCACUAUAUCUGGUCUCCCCAGACCCUGCAUUUACUAUAUCUGGCCUCCCAGGACCCUACAUUCACUAUAUCUGGCCUCCCAGGACCCUGCAUUCACUAUAUCUGGUCUCCCAGGACCCUGCAUUCACUAUAUCUGGUCUCCCAGGACCCUUCAUUCACUGUAUCUGGUCUCCCAGGACCCUUCAUUCACUAUAUCUGGUCUCCCAGGACCCUGCAUUCACUAUAUCUGGUCUCCCAGGACCCUGCAUUCACUGUAUCUGGUCUCCCCGGACCCGGCAUUCACUAUAUCUGGUCUCCCCGGACCCUGCAUUCACUAUAUCUGGUCUCCC